UAAAUAGCAGAUCUAGACUGAGGAAGACUAGUCGCCGAUCCUAUACUCGCCGCCGGUUCAUCAACCUCCGUCGUGUUUCUGCUAUUAACCCUCCACCAAAUCUUGUUUAGUGAAGACAUGGCUGGAGAAGGUGAAGAAGAUGUACCUAGAGAUGCUAAGAUUGUGAAAUCUCUGCUUAAGUCAAUGGGUGUGGAGGACUACGAGCCUCGUGUGAUACACCAGUUUCUGGAGUUGUGGUAUCGCUAUGUGGUGGAAGUGUUGACAGAUGCUCAGGUUUACUCAGAGCAUGCUAGCAAAUCCAACAUUGACUGUGAUGAUGUGAAGCUCGCUAUUCAAUCCAAAGUUAAUUUCAGCUUCUCACAGCCACCUCCAAGAGAGGUUCUGCUAGAACUUGCUGCAACUAGGAACAAGAUCCCUUUGCCAAAAUCGAUAGCAGGACCCGGUGUUCCGCUCCCACCUGAACAGGACACAUUGCUGAGCCCAAACUACCAGCUCGUGAUACCAAAGAAGUCAGCUUCCACAGAACCUGAAGAAACAGAGGAUGAUGAAGAAAUGACAGAUCCUGCACAGUCCUCGCAAGAACAACAACAACAAACAUCAGACCUGCCAGGCCAAACUCCUCAGAGAGUCUCUUUCCCUCUCUCUAGAAGACCCAAUAAGUAGAUAAGACAAGAAGACAAAAAUGUCAUGUAUCAAGAAGUAAAAUGUAACAGAAUUAUUAUUAAUGACCAGUCACUUUUUACGAUCAUGUAGUAUCAAGUAGUAGAAUGUAAGAGAAUCAAAUA